CUGCACCUACACUUCCUUCUUUCCCAGGCGGCUGCCGAAGAUGGCGGAGGGGCAGGUCCUGGUGCUGGAUGGCCGAGGCCAUCUCCUGGGCCGUCUGGCGGCCAUUGUGGCCAAGCAGGUACUGCUGGGCCGAAAAGUGGUGGUUGUGCGCUGUGAGGGCAUCAACAUUUCUGGCAAUUUCUAUAGAAAUAAGUUAAAGUACCUGGCCUUUCUCCGCAAGCGAAUGAAUACCAACCCUUCUCGGGGUCCCUACCACUUCCGGGCCCCCAGCCGCAUCUUCUGGCGGACUGUGCGAGGCAUGCUGCCACACAAGACUAAGAGAGGCCAGGCAGCCUUGGAACGCCUCAAGGUGUUUGAUGGGAUCCCACCACCCUACGACAAGAAAAAGCGCAUGGUGGUCCCGGCCGCCCUCAAGGUCUUGCGUCUGAAGCCUACAAGGAAGUUUGCCUACCUGGGGCGUCUGGCUCAUGAAGUCGGCUGGAAGUACCAGGCAGUGACAGCCACCCUGGAAGAGAAGAGGAAGGAGAAGGCCAAGAUCCAUUACCGGAAGAAAAAGCAGCUUAUGAGGCUACGGAAGCAAGCAGAAAAGAAUGUGGAGAAGAAAAUCAACAAGUUCACAGAUGUCCUCAAGACCCAUGGACUCCUGGUGUGAGCCAAAUAAAGACUUUAUGCCUCA